AUGUCGUAUAUUCCCAUCACACUUAAUGUUGGACAAUUAACGCAAUAAUAAGUCUAAUAAAUGGAUGGAAUAAAUUUAAUUUAACCUAAUACUUAUAGGAAUAUCUCCAUACCUAGGAGAAGACAAAGCCAAUACAGCAUGAAUGAAGAACAUAGAAAGUCUUUAGAUACCUCUUUAUAUUAAUAUAGAAACCCUAUUCCUCCAUAAUAGUUAUAAUAUCAUUAGUAAUAACCUAUUUAACCAUAAAAAUAAGUUUAGAUGUAUUAGAUUUAGCAGAAUGACUAAAAAUAUGAUCCUUACUUAAAAAGCAAACCCUAUUACACCUCUAUACAAUAAUAAAUAUAAGAAAAAAAUCAAAUUUACUUAUAAAGUUAGAACGGUAAUAGUAAUACUAAUAAUUAUCCACUCUCUUAUGCAAGUUAUCCUAAUUAGAUAGAAUAGAUACCUCUAUAAUACAGUUAACAAUAGCUUAAUCCAACUAAUUAGUAACCACAAUAUGGGGCUUCGCUUUUAAAAUACAAUAUUGUAUCCUCAUCAAACGGUAAAUAUAGUGAAAAUGAAAAAUAGUAGAUUGCAAAAAUAGCAGCAAAGUAUAGAGAAUUAAAAUAAAUAAACACUAAUUUAAUGAAAAAAAGGAACUCUAUUGAUGGUAGUUCUUACCCAUAGUCUGAUCCUUAAUUUCAACUCAAUAAUAGCUACUAAAUCAAUAAUAAAAUAAUUACUCCUUCCAAUAAUAGCUUCAUUAACUAAACAUAAAAUUCUACAGAUUUAUCUUUGCUAUAUAAUUAGACACCCACUGUAAGCCAAAGAUCAUAUGCUAUUUAAAGACUUAGUGUACCAGUAAAUACAAAAGAAUUGGAAACAGUAUAAAAUUAUUAAGAAAGAUUAUCGAAUGGUAUUAUUUUAGGUAAUAAUACUAUUGAAUAAAACAAUAUAAGCUUAAAUACUUCUCUUAAUAAUGACGCCUUCUUAUAAAAACCAAGAAGUUAUUCUCUAUCAAUAAAAGGAGAUUAGAAUUUACUUUACCCAACAAAGCUAAAUUAUGAUAAAGUUUAAUCACCAGUUUACAAAUAGCCUUUGUAAAGCUAUGUAUAACAUUAAAUGAAAUAAUACGGAUAAAGCAAUGCUAACCCUUCUUAAAAUACUAAUAAUAGCAUUAAUACUUCUUUAAAUAUAAAUAAUGUUUAAAGCUAAACUCCACAUUAAAAUAUAAGAGUACUAAAAACAAAUAUUAAUCACCAUAAUUUGCAUACAUAAUAACAUAAAGGCAUAAUUAAAAAUGAUUAAGAUAAAAAAUUCCAAAAUCAAAAUGAUAAUUAGAUUGAUCAUGACUAAUAUCAAAGCAAUACAAUGAAGAAAAAUGUAAAUAGUUACAAAAGGUAAGAAAAUGAAGGAAAUCCUGUUUUUAAAGCCAUUAUUAAUGCUCAUCAAGCUAGAAGAUAAAUUUUAAGCAAUUCUAUCCAUAUAUAAUCUGUGGAAGUUUUGAAUUCAGCUGAAAAACAGAAUCAAAACAAAGAAAAUGAAAAUAUUGAUAGAGGAGGUGAGAACAAUUAUCAUAAUAAUUAAAAGCCCUAAAAUGUAGAUUAGUAAACAAAACAUAUUGAAGAAAAAGAAAAUAUUGCUGUUAAGCAAGUAAACACAUUUUCUAAUAAUAGCUCUGUUGUUAUUGAAUAUAAUGAGGUAUAUAAAUAAGAUAGGAUACCUAUAUCACAUGCUAAAAUGACUUAAUCAAAAAUAAUAUGCGAUAACCACAACUCGUCAAUUUAAAGCAAGCUAAAUUAAGCUUUAGCUAAAGAAAUAAAUGUUAUGAAGUAAUCAGAAACUUUAAAGCAAGUUCCAGUAUAGAAUUUAGAAGAUGUAAAGAAAUUUGUUGAUGAAUAAGUCAAAUAAAUUUAGAUUUAAUGCUAAGCAAAAUACAAACAAAAGCAGAUUUUAAAUGAUGAAGAUAAAACCUCAAAAAGUGCUUAUUUUAUAAAAGAAAAUUCAGUACCACAAUCUAAUAAUUAGAAGGGCGAAUCUCUCAUAAAAGCAUUCAAUGCAAAUAAAAUAAAUUAAAAUGUAGAUACUUCCUUGAAUUGUUCUGAUUUACUGUAACUCUCUUUAUCAGGAUUAGUUACGCCUAUUACAAAUAACUACUAAAGCAAUCAACAAACUGAUUAAAAAGAUGCUAUAUAGAUUUUUAAUAAUUAUCAGCCAAGCGAUAGAAGUUUAAAUGAAUAAAAAGAAAAUUCAUAAAGAUUACAAGAACAACAUAAAUAAACUUAAAAAGAAGAAUAAGAUUUCUAAAAGAUUGAUCUCAAACAAAGUGAAUAUGUUCCUUAAUCAAGUAGGAGUAAUAACCAGCUACCGACACCUCCUUCUGACCCAAAUACUAAAACUUCAUUUUAUCACAAAAAAAAUAUUUGUAAAAUAGCAGAGACUUUCACAUUCAACACAAACCUUUCUUCUGUUUAAACUUAAGGAAGCAUAGAUUAUAACAAUAUCCAUAAUAGCUAAAAUCAAGAAUUUACUAAAUAGAAUUAGAUAAACAAUCCUGUAAUAUCUAGAUCCCCAAUAGAAUAGAUACGUAAAAAUCAAUAGUAAAUAUUAAAAGUAAAUGAAAAUAAUUCAUCCUACCUUUCUUAAAAUGACAUAAAUAACAAAAAUUAAAUUAUCAAAAACUUUAAUGACUAAGAAAAGGUAGAUCAGAUAGCAGAUUUGGAAAUUUCACAUCAAAAGCUAAUAAGCUUGCACAGUUAAUAUUUAUCAUAAAAUAGCUCAAAAUUAAUUUAAAAUUUUUAGAAUGAAGAGACUAAAAAUGGAAAUGAUGCAGAAAUAAACAACACUUAAUAAUAAAUUUUAAAUAAUGACUAAAUAGAUUGUAAAAAUACUAAAAAUAGUAUAGAAACUGAUAUGAAUUUCAAAAAUGAUAAAAAUAUUUGUCAUCAAUAAAUUGAAGAAAUUUAAAAUAAUUAAUAGGAUUCUCCAAAUAACAUUUAAAAUGAUUAAAGCAUCUCUUAAUAAGGCUCUAUGAUAGAUAAUAAUGUGAGUUAAUUAGAGAUAAAAUAAAAAGAAAUUGAGACCAACUAUCAAUUCCCCUAAAUAGAAGAAAAAAUUAUAGAAGAAUUUGCAGAUUCAUUGUAUUAUCAACUCAAUAUAGAAAGGUCUCUCUUGCAAUUAAAAUCAGGAUUAAGUAGGAAAAUAACUGAAUUAGAUCACAUCCUACCUUUAUAUGAAUAUGGUGCUAAUAGCUAAAACGACACUGGUUAUUAAAGAGGAGAAUGUAUAGAGGGCUAUAGAAACAGACUUAAUAAAAUUUUAGGAACAAAUUAUAGUAGUUUUGAUUUAAGAAUGAUAUUUUAAGUUACUGAUGAAGUUGAUAAUCUUUAAGAGGAUUCCUCUCCAAUAAUUAGAAAGGAAGAUAUACUAGAAGUACUUUUAGGGACUUAAAACCUGACAGUAACUUCAAAAUCAUAAGAAAUAUCAGAAGAGACAAAAAAAAUAAUUAGAAAUAUUAUUAAAGAAACCUUAAGAGCUUAGAUUAGUUUUAAAGAAAUUAAAUAGAAGUAUAAAGAAUUUUAAUAUGAGCUGUUUCUAUAAAUAUCGAAUGGAAACAAAGAAAUCGUAACUUAUUCAGAUUUUAAGGCUUUUUUAAUUAAGAAUGGAUAUUAAGUGAGGGAUCAAGAAAUGAUGCUAUUGAUCUAUCGCUUCCAUUAACCAAAUACUAUCAGAUUAACAAUCUCAUAGUUCUAAUUUAAGAAUUGA